GAGGCAACACUUUUUUCACUGUCGUGUCACAUGCAGCAGAACCUGUAGCACAGCAGUUUAGGGUUUCACAGAGGAGAGAGAGACGGACCCCCACCCAAUUUCCCAAUCCCUAGCCCCCGCCAUUAAUUCAAUCGUCCAUCCAUUCAUGUCUGCUGCUUUCCCCUUCCAAUUCCAAUUCCCCGCAGACCGCACCAAUUUCUGCACAAGCCAUUUCGAUCUCGAUCUCUUGGCGAAGGAGCCGUAAUUACAGCAGAGAGGCGGAGGAGAGGAGACCGAAUCGAGGCCCACUUUUCACCCAUUCGCUAAAAUCCACUCCACAAUAAUUACUUGUACCCAAAAUCCAGAGAAAUGCUAAAAAGCACACCCCACCCCUGCUUUCUCCCUACGCUCCAAACGGAAAGUACAGCUGGAGGCCUUUGGGGCGAAGCCGGAACUGGAAGCCUUUCCGCCGGGGAACAAUUGGAGUGAGAGAGCUUCCCUUUGAUGUUGUUGUUGUUGUUGUUGUUACUAUUACUACUUGUUUUCCAUUUCUUUUGGAGUUUUCGUGUUUGUUUGAUUCGGUUCGAGCUGCUGGAAUUGAUUCUCUUCCGACGAGAUUUGCUCCAAUUUUCUUCGGAGGGUUUCGUUUUGACUCCACGCCCACCAGGUGUUCGAUAUUUGGCGCAACAGCUGAAAUCGAAGAAUGCCUAGACCAGGUCCGAGGCCGUACGAGUGCGUUCGAAGAGCUUGGCACAGCGAACGCCAUCAGCCAAUGCGGGGUUUGAUUAUCCAACAGAUUUUGAGGCUUGUACAUGAAAAUCACUCUGCUGCUACUAAAAAGAACAGAGAAUGGCAAGAAAAGCUUCCUGUUGUGGUCUUUAAGGCCGAAGAAAUUAUGUAUUCGAAGGCUAAUUCUGAGGCCGAAUAUUCGAACGCCGAGACGUUGUGGGAGCGCGUAAAUGACGCCGUGGACACGAUUAUUCGAAGAGAUGAGAGUACUGAAAUUGGGGAACUCUUGCUUCCAUGUAUUGAAGCUGCCCUUAACUUAGGUUGUGUUCCGGUAAGAGCAUCUCGAAGCCAACGCCUGAAUAAUCCACGGACUUACCUCCGGCCGGCGUAUCAAGAAUUCGGUCAUUUAGAUAAAUCUAAUCUGAUGCCUUCGCAGACUUCGAAUGAUUCGAUGCGCAAAGCCCCGAAUGUCGGUUCUCCACGCGUUGUUUGGGAGAAUAACGCCCAAAUUAUGCCAAAUGCCAACCGUCGCGUGGAUUCUCUCGCCGAAAAAUUCUGCCCCGUCGGAAAUAGAAACAAUAUGGAACUGGAGGAUAAUUCCAACAAGGCAUCGGUGUAUCCCUUGUACCACGGAAUUCAUCUCAGGCGCGACGCAAUGGCGCGACCUUUGGUUGCGCAGGAACUGCUGAAAUCUGAUCCGAUAAUUGUUGGCGUGCCGAUAUAUUCGUCGCCUGAAGUGGCUGAAAACGGGUGCCUGCAGAAUUUGUUUCCAGGUGGUUUAGCAGAAGAAAAAUGGAAAUUAAAUACAGCAGACGGCAAGGGGAAAGAACCCCACGUGGAUUUCGACUUGUCCUUACGAUUGGGAUUGUUUUCUGAGUCGAACACGGACAGGGAAAAGGGUUUGAGCCGUGGAAGUUAUGGAGUUCACGAUGCAUUUUCUCAUGAGAUGAACCAGUCGAAAGAGGGAUUUCCUUUCUUCCCCAUGGAACCUGCGCACGGGAGUGUGGAUUUAGAUUCUAGGAAACGUAAGCUGCCUUUUAAAGCCGAUGUAGAAAAUGAUCAGAUUUUCUGGUCGCGGGAUUCGACAUUCCAUUUUGCCGGGCAAUGGAAAAGCCGAGGUUUGUAGUAAUUUUCUUUUUUUGUUUAUGUAUGUAUCUUGCUGAGAAAUAUCGAAAUGGGCAAUGAAUUCUUGUGUUUUGGUAUUUGCGUCGUGACUUCUAUGCCCGUGAUCUUCUUGGUCGAAAUUGGUUGUGAAAAUUGGUAUUUGCACUUGUGUUUUGUGUGAGCAUAUAUAUUUGCUAUUUGCUACUUGAAGUUACAUUUGCUGGGAAAUUUGUUCGAUUGAUCAACUCUUAUUUUUUCCA